AGUGCUUGCCUGGUCUUCAGGGACCUAUUCUAGCAGUAAAUCCAAGGAUAGGACUGUUAGGCAAAGAUACAACCACUCAUUUACCAUCCUUUGUUAGGCUGCACUGAGCAAACCUCUCUUACUAUCUACAGAUAUUGUCAGAUAGGCGCAGAUCGCCCAGGGCGUCGACUGGCCAACAAGCAGAGCAUCCAUUCAUCCUUUCAUUGGCAGCUGAGGUGUUCAGACUAGCUAGCUAGCGUUAGCCAAGAGGCAGGGGACAGAGGGAUCUUUAAAAUGUCGGGUUACCAAGGAAAGAAGAACAUUCCACGAAUUACAAGUGACCGUCUCCUCAUCAAAGGAGCAAAGAUAGUGAAUGAUGAUCAGUCAUUCUUGGCUGAUAUCUACAUGGAGGAUGGCGUCAUCAAGCAAAUAGGCGACAACCUUAUUGUUCCCGGGGGAGUUAAGAUCAUAGAGGCUCAUGGGAGAAUGGUGAUGCCUGGCGGUAUUGACGUGCACACCCGAUUCCAGAUGCCUGACCGAGGCAUGGUGGCAGCAGAUGACUUCUACCAGGGCACAAAGGCGGCUCUGGCUGGGGGGACGACUAUGAUCAUCGAUCACGUGGUGCCGGAGCCCGGCGCCAGCCUGACUGCAGCUUUCAAACAGUGGAGGGAGUGGGCUGAUAGCAAGUCCUGCUGCGACUACUCUCUGCACGUGGACAUCACCGAGUGGAACAAAAGCACUCAAGAAGAAAUGGAGACCCUGGUGAAGGAUCAUGGUGUCAACUCUUUCCUGGUCUAUCUGGCUUAUAAGGAUGUUUUCCAACUUUCUGACUCUGAGAUCUAUGAGGUGUUCAGUGUCAUCAGAGACCUCGGAGCAAUUGCACAGGUGCAUGCUGAGAAUGGAGACAUCAUUGCAGAGGAGCAGAAACGUAUUCUAGAGCUGGGGAUCUCUGGACCUGAAGGCCAUGUGCUGAGCCGCCCAGAGGAGGUGGAGGCCGAGGCAGUCAACCGCUCUGUCACCAUAGCCAAUCAGACCAACUGUCCCCUCUACAUCACCAAGGUGAUGAGCAAGAGUGCUGCUGAUGUCAUCGCCCUCGCUAGGAAAAAGGGGGCUGUGGUUUACGGAGAGCCCAUAUCUGCCAGUUUGGGCACUGAUGGUACCCAUUACUGGAGCAAGAACUGGGCCAAGGCAGCAGCCUAUGUCACUUCUCCACCGCUCAGUCCUGAUCCCACCACCCCCGACUACCUCAACUCUCUGUUGUCAUGUGGGGACUUGCAGGUGACUGGUAGUGCUCACUGCACUUUCCAGACUUCUCAGCGUGCGAUAGGCAAAGAUAAUUUCACCCUAAUCCCAGAGGGCACCAAUGGCACUGAGGAGAGGAUGUCCUUAAUCUGGGACAAAUGUGUGGUGACUGGCAAGAUGGAUGAGAACCAGUUUGUGGCGGUGACCAGCACAAAUGCAGCCAAGAUCUUCAACCUGUUCCCCCGCAAGGGCCGUAUCGCUGUGGGAUCUGAUGCUGACCUCGUGUUGUGGGACCCGGACGUUACUAAGAUCAUCUCAGCUAAGAACCACAACCUGGCUGUAGAGUAUAACAUCUUUGAGGGCACAGAAGUGCGUGGAGGCCCUGUGGUGGUGAUCAGCCAGGGCAAGAUUGUGUUGGAGGAGGGCAGCCUUCACCCCACGGAGGGCUGUGGGCGCUACAUCAGCCGUAAACCCUUCUCUGACCACGUUUACAAGAGGAUAAAGGCCCGCAGCAGGCUCACAGAGUUGCGAGGAGUCCCCAGGGGCCAGUACGACGGGCCAGUGUGUGAGGUGACUGUGACUCCCAAGGUGAUCUCCACCGUCUCCUCAAUGAAGACUUCUCCUGCCAAGCAGCAGCAGCAGCAGCAGCAGAUUACCCACCAGCCAGUGCGCAACCUUCACCAGUCUGGCUUCAGUCUGUCUGGUGCCCAAAUUGAUGACAACGUUCCUCGUCGGAACACUCAACGCAUUGUGGCUCCCCCUGGUGGAAAAGCCAACAUCACCAGCCUCGGCUAAGCCCUUUCUUUACCUGAGCCGGGGGAUGCAGGGCGACACGGGACCAGAGGCCACUCUUACCGUUGUCACAUCACAUCUGGUCACCUCUGACUCCCCCCUGCACCCACAAGCACUCCAUCCAUUCUUAUUCACACACCACCACUUGUUCACUUCAUGCAAAAAAAAAAAAGAGAAAGCACUGUUUCAUUUUGUUUCAUCUUUCCUGCCAUUUACCAUCGUCAAGGAAGGAUCAAGUGAAUUGAAGUCCAGAUAAACCAAGUUUGAUUAUUGAUUAAUUUAAUUUGUUUACAUUUUUGUAUCAUUUUUGCUGUACAUGUUUGAGCCGUUUUGUUGCCCUCUUGAAAAUGAGUCCCUAGAAGUGAUCAGUUUCAUGAGCGGGCAUUUUAGAAACUGCAGCUGUUCACAGUUUUUCUUAAAGCGCUCUUCAUUUCUCAGAUAGAGGUCAGAAUUUGCUGUUAGUCGUGCUACUUCACUACCUUCAGGUGAAAGUAGAGCGUCCACUGUUCAUGUUGUAACACUGUUAGACUGUAAGAGUGACGUUUUAGUACAGAAAGGUUGCAUUGAUGCCACAAACACUUAGAAAGAUUAGGCUGUAGAAUUCUUUCUGCAUCUCAUAACACCUAAUUUUCUCUUAUAAAAAAAAACGAUACUUGAUAGCUUUUUUGAUACCACGACAAAAAGAAAAAAAAGUCCUGGGCAAUAAGUACAGACUGAAUUGCAGUGUUUUAUUUGCAGUCACUUCCAGGUAGAAAACCCCUGCGUCACGUGUAUAAAAUGAAACGUCUCCAGGCAAAUUCUGCCUCAAAUGGUCAGUUUUUAGACACCUAAAAAAAUCAGUAUCAGUUGAAGUGAUUGCUAUAUUAAAAAUAUUUUCACCAUUUCACCUUGUCGUCAGAAAUGACAACACAAACAAGUCUGUGGAUUUCACAUACCUCAGCAAUUGACUAUGCUAUACUAGCAAUUGGCAAUUAAAUUGACUAUUUAAUUGCCAGUGUUCUACCUGGAAGUGAUCGUUGUUGUUCGCUCUAUAGGAUCAUUAUUUAUUAUGUUUUUUUAAUUACCCUGGACACAGUGCUGGUACAGAAAAAGCCACUGAAAAAUACCAACACAUUUAUAAUAAUGUUAAUAGUAAUUACAGCUUGGGUUGAAAAUCUGAUUGUAGAUGUGAUGUUUUUUACUUACGAUACAAUCGAAUGUCUAAUUAACUGAGAUCGUGUCAUUUUAAACACGUGGUGUCUAAAAAGUAUCUAAGUAUCAAUACUUUUGACAACCUUACUGUGUUCAGCAGAGCAAUUCACCUUGGUCUUCCUUUUGUGUUGUAGUUGCACUUCAUUUUUUUAAAACUGAAUGUUUUUUUUAUCACGUUAAAGUCAUUUUUGGGAAGCGCUGUCUGCACUGAAAGGAAAAGAAAGGGUAUUUUAGCGUUAAACCACUCAUUCAACUCCGUCCUGAAUAUUGUGGUUGGAGAAAUGGCUGGCACAUCACAUUUUGUCUGAGAAACAUGAACUUUUCCCCUCAUUUCAUCAUUUUGUUUUUUCCUCAUGUUUGUUUAAAGGUUGUCAGGGCAACAAGCUUCCAAUAAUCAGACCGAUGUAUAUUGUAA